GUCUCCAGUUCAUUAUGGCACUUAGAGGUUCAUUUUCCGACGAUUACUCCGAUCCCGUCCCUCGGACCUGUCCGGACAUCCAAGGAUUCUGCGAAAAUUAUGCCCUGCGACGUCACAAGUUUGAGAAUAGGGCCAACACAGGAUCCCAACAAUGCCGAGACGAUUGGGAGCUGUAUAUCGGCCCGAUAGAGCGCUGGGGAUGCUGUAAUCCGUGGGAGGGUCACUUCUCCGCGGUCGUCUUGCCCUUUUGCCGGCCCGAUCGUAUUGCCAUCAUCAGCUACUGUUUCGAAUGCUCACAUGAAAUAGAUGCAUUCAUGUACGAUAACGUGGUUGAAUCAGCCACCAGAUCCACAGUGAACAAUAACACAGACGAUAUUGCCCUCGAUGAGACGGAAUACCGAACCGUGCGAUCGGUCACUGGGACCAAACAGAUCCAGUCAAAAAUGUUACUCGACCUCCUGUCAAUCGACCCUGCAUGUGCUGAGGUUGUCAUUGACUCCUGGAAGACAAUGAUCAACACAACCGCAAAGCAGGACAAGACGCGCGCAUGCAGUAACCUGGAAGAAUAUGUCGACUACCGGAUCGUUGACACUGGAGCACCAUUUGUGGACACAUUGAUGCGUUUCGGAAUGGACAUCCUCCUCACGCCCGAGGAAGAGGAGCUUGUCGCUCCUAUUGUCAAGCCGUGCUAUGCUGCCCUCGGACUUGCCAACGACUACUUUUCUUUUGAUAUCGAGUGGGAAGAGUUUCAAAGUUCAGAAUCAAGCCAGACCGCCAUGACAAAUGCCGUCUGGCUAUUCAUGCAAUGGCACCAGGUUGGCAAAGAGGAAGCGAAAAGGCUCGUUCGGCAAGUCACAAAUGACUACGAAAGAGAGUACCAGCAACGAGUACAGGAAUAUAUUGCCGGCGAAGGGAAGUCCAAUAGUAAGAUCCAAUUGUACCUUACUGCAUUGGGAUACCAGAUUCCCGGAAAUGUCACCUGGAGUCUGCGAUGUCCUCGGUACCACCCCUGGUUGUGUAAGGAGGGCAGUGCCCUCUUGCAAGCGUCGAUGGAGGAGGCUCGCGACUUGCCUAACGUAGGUAAAAGACGGAGUGUCUCAGAAGAUAGUCUCUCGUCCGAGUCCUCCGUCUGGUCUGGAACAAGUGAUCGUUCUGCACGCUCAUCAGUGUCCUCGGCACCUUCUCUCGACGAUAGGGAAAAGGAGCGCGACCGUGUUACGCUUGGAACGGAGCAUCUCCUUGCUCCAGCAGAGUAUAUCGCCUCACUCCCCUCCAAAGGAGUUCGCGAGGCUUUCAUCGACGCGCUGAAUGUGUGGCUUGCUCUCCCGGAUCGUUUCGUAAGCGUCAUGAAAUGCAUUGCAAAGACAUUGCAUAAUGCCUCUUUGAUGCUGGAUGACAUCGAAGAUGGUUCCCCUCUGCGUCGGGGCCAGCCCGCGACACACACCGUCUUCGGACAGGCGCUCACCAUCAACUCCGCUAACUUUGUCCUCAUUCAGGCGAUGGACCAAGUGAGGUUGUUAGAGGACUCGCGCUGUGUCGACAUCUUCGUGGAAGAGAUGCGUAAUCUGUUCAUCGGUCAGAGCUUUGAUCUGUACUGGACACGACAGGACGAGUGUCCUUCAGAGGAAGAAUAUUUCGAGAUGAUCCGCCAAAGUAGUACUCACUUUUCUCCCUCUCGGCCCUUUCUAUCGAAAAUUUUGUGCUCACUAUUAGCAGAAACUGGUGGUCUCUUCCGGCUAUUGGCUCGAUUGAUGAUGCAAAAGGCAACAUCAAAGAAGAACCGGUGCCUCCCGUUGGAACCUCUUGUCGACCUUGUGGGAGAAUACUUUCAGAUCCGAGAUGAUUACAAGAACCUUACCGAUGAGUAUACCGGACAAAAGGGCUUUUGCGAGGAUCUAGACGAGGGGAAGUUCUCAUUUCCGCUGAUUUAUGCUCAUAAAUUUUUGCCUGAGACCUCGGAUAUUCGAAACAUCCUUAAAGAAGGUCGCCGGUCGGGCGGACUUGGGAUCACACAGAAGCAGCACGUAUUGGGCUGGCUCCACGAGAGCGGAAGCAUGACGUACACAAAAAGAACACUUCGGGGCCUGAUGAGUGAAAUCCGGCAUCAGAUCGAUCGGGUGGAAAAGGAAUCGGGCUGCCCGAACUGGGUCCUGAAACUCCUCGUUCACCGACUGGAAGUCUGA